AUGCAAAACAACAACACUCAAAAACAAUCUCACAUUAUCAAGCCUAAUUUAAAAAUAUCGAAAAAGGCUUCAUCAUCUUCCGAUCUCCACCAACAAAACAAUGAACAAGUUACAGUGGAUAGUCGUGAUGUAGUUAAAUUAAUGUUACAAUUUUGUAUGGAAAAUAACAUGACAGAGAGUUUCAAGGCUAUCAGUAAAGAGAGUGGAUUAACAUGUAAUACAAUGCUGCCCCAACAUAGAAAACAAUUUCUAACAAGUAUUGAAAAGGGAAGUUGGACAUUUGUGUUGGAAACCUUGCAACAACCCUAUUUAACAUUUUCUAAAGGGUUAUUGAUCAAAUUAUAUGAACAUGUUAUAUUUGAAUUGAUUGAAUUAUCGGAAGAGAAUGUUGCUAGGUUUUUGAUGAAUAAUAUUCAAGUAAUUUCUGUUGAUUUACGAGAGGAAGAACCUGCUAGAUUUAAAAAAUUGGAACAUGUUGUAAAUAAUGCAAAACAUUUUGAUAAUUUAAUCGCCUAUGAUGGAAAGAAUAAGAAUGAUAUUAGAAGAGAGCUUUCCUCUUUAUUUCAACAAGAAAUUUUAUCAAUUCCUUCUAGUUCAAUGUUAAAUAUUAUUGGAAAUGCAAUUCAAUAUCAAAAGAUGAAACAAGGUGAUGAUUUUGAUCCAAAUACUUUCCAUCUAUUGGAUCACACUGUUAAGAAUAUUAAAAAAUCAUCUGAUAAGCCGACAGCCAUUGCCAGCACUACUCAAGUCAAACAAGAGGAGGAUGACAGUAUGGAAAGUGACGAGACUACCAAUGCCGAAAUUAAAAUAUUGGACAGACCAUACAAGAUUAUCAAAUUUGGAAAAAAGACUCAAGUUAAUUGCUGUCACUUUGUUUCUGAUUAUCUGAUAGUAGGCACAAGUGAUGGAUUUGUGGAGAUUUAUGAUUAUUUAACAGGCAAAAUGAAUAAGGAAUUGGCUUAUCAGGCAAAUGAUGAACUAAUUGUUCAUGAAGAUUCCGUAACUUGUGUUGGUACUAAAGUUCAACCAUCAGGUAUUCUUCUUGCUACUUCAGCUAUUGACAAGACAAUCAAAUUGUGGAAUUUAUUAACAGGAAAAUGUCUUUUGAAAAUUCCAACUGCAACAGGUGCAAAUUGUAUUUACUUUUCAGAUUAUGACAAUACUAUUAUUUCAGGUUAUCCAAAUGGUUCAAUUAAAGUACACGGAUUAACAUCUGGUGGUACUGAACUGAAGGAUCUUUCUGGACACACUUCAUUCAUUAAUUGUAUUAUUCAACUAGAUAAUGAGCACAUGUUAUCGUGCAGUAGUGAUGGAUCUAUUAGAAAGUGGAACACCAAGAGUCAACAUUGUGAAAAAGUCUAUACAAUCUCUUCUAUGAGAAAGCCAAAACUUACAGAGGAAGAAUCAUCAAGUUCAACCCUAGAUUUACCAAUUCAACAAAUUCUCAAAUACCCAAACAUGGAAGGAUUCCUCUUUGUUUGCCAUCCAUCCAAUUCCAUCUCAGUUUUAAAUAUGGAAACAGGAAGAGAAGUAUUUAAAUUUGUGAGUAAUAAGGAGGAAGACGUCUUUGUUUCAAUUACACAUGAUAAUAACUAUCUGUACGGAGCUACCAAUUCCAACAAGUGUUGCAUCUAUCAAAUUCCAUCUCACAUCCCAAUGAAAUGUGAAGAAAUAACUCCACUAAGAACUGAUGACUUGCAACACAAAAAGACUGUUCAUUCUCUUUCGUUACACGAAUCAAUUCUACUCUCCUUCUCUCAGGAAAACAUUAAUUUAUGGAAAUAA